CCGGUGCGACGUACCCCCUAGCUGUCCCUUUCAGUAUGAAUAAAGUUUUGCUUGUUCUGUGCUCCUUCCUUGUGCACCGUGCCUGCUACACGUGUUUCUGGUAACAUGGCCGAGUCCGGGGCAGUCGGCUUGGACAGUGCUCAGGUGAGCCGCUCUUACCGCUUAUAAGGCCGGGGUAGGGGGUGAUAAAGGGGUACCCCCAUUAUUGGGGGCCAGGGGCUCUAAUAUGGGGUAGAAACAAACCCCAUUCACUGUAUGGACAGCCUCAGCAUCCCCUGCCGCGUGUGUGCCCAUACCCUCAUUGACUGCCAUUAGAAUGGCCUGAGAUUCUCUUUUUUCUCAGUAAUAAUAUAUCAAACCCAAUUACUUCUCUGAUAUCUUCACUACAAUAGGUGUUUUUUUUUUUUUUUUUUCUCUUCUCCAUUUCACUAGUUUGAAAACCUCUUGCCUGCAUGGAGUUGUCAGUAUGUUGAAAAUUAAACAAUUAGGUUAUUAUUUUUUUCAUUUUUAUUUUUAAAGAAAAUUUAAAGCUGCUAUUUACUUAUGCUGUGACAGUUAUUCGUUAAUGCUGAAUAGUUGCAAAAUUACAUUCUAGUGGCAGAAAUGUAGGCUAAUGUAUCUAGUUUCAGAGAGGAAAAAAAUCAAACUACACUAUAGUCACAGAUUAUAAUUUGCCUCAUUCAGUGUUUAAUAAUCCUGUCUAUUGUGAAUUUCAAAGUAAUUGCAAGUGGUUUUUGAAACCGCUACAUUUUCCCUUUAACUGUUCUGGACUAAACUUUAAAUUCGAUGUGACUUUAAAAAAAAAAAAAAAAAUGGUUCUUCUCAUCUCCUCUGCACUGCUACUCUAUGCUUGGCUUUAUUGCUAAUGUGAGUAUAUAGUGACUUUGUUUCAGAGCUUCAUUUAUACAUAUUUGGGAAACUGUACUCCUCCAAAAUCGUUCAGAUCCAAAAACCAUGUUCAUAGGCAUACCAUCCAACAUUUUAAAAGGACACAAAGUGACACUUAAAUUUAGGUCUUUAAGUUGGGGAGUAGCCGGGUGUGAGUCUUUCCUGAGACAGUUUGAGACAUACUCAUAUAAAUGUAUGGAACUGAAAUGUAAUUUAGUAAAAGAACAAUGUAUCUUAUUUGCACAGACUCAUUUCUAAACAAAUUAAUUGCGGCAAAAUAAGGGACUGUCCCUCCUAAAAAGGGACAUAGGGUGGUUUGUGUGCAAAGGGUUAAGUGUAGAUAGAGCGGUUUUGACCAUUUUUGGACAGAAUUCAUUGAGCGAGAGCUGGACAUGGGUGGAAUUUUAGUUGGUAGGAACUAAUGCAAUUGUUAUAUCAGAAGAGAGGGAUACACUUUGACACUUACCUAGGUCACCCAGAUCCCUCAAACUGUUACCUGGGGGGCAACACAUGCAUACUCCUGGCAGCAUAUACUCUUUAACACACUGCCGUGGCUUUGGUGCUUAGCCUGAUUCUUUAAGGUUAUUCAGUGUCAAUUUCCCUUGUAGAUUAAAAAAGCCGUUCAGGCCCUUCUUGCGUACCAGAAAACUAAAAAGAGUGGAAAUUCAUUGCUUCUUAAUGAAUAUGACCGCAUCUCAUUAAUGAUAACAGUAUGGAGAAUACCCAAGCGUGAGCAAACCAUCAAAAUGUGAGUAUCUUUCCUUAUUUUAUUUUUUUUAAUACUGCUUCAUGUUUUCCUUUUGAUUGCUAAUGGGUUUAAAAAAAAAAUAAAAAAAAAAAAAAAUAUUUAAGUGUUCAAGUAUUCAAUGAAUCAUAAAUAAAGAGUGUUUUGCUAAAGCAUUUUUCAAUUUUUUUAUUUGGUUUGCAAAAUGAAAGUCCAUAAACCUCACUUGUAGAAUUUAUACCCCAUCAUUGAUUACCAGUUUGUAGAAGAAUGAAGUCCUAUGCUCCCCAUUAGGAAAAGUUAAAAGUGCCAGUUUUUAGACUUUGGGGUUAAAACCAUUUUUAAAUGGUUUUACCCUUCAGAAACGAUGGCGUCUGGGAUCUCCAGCGCCCUAACUACGUCAUUACUAUGCAGUUGUUAUAGUGCCCAUUGUGUCCAUUUAAGCACAAUAACCCACUGCCACAGUAAUAGCUAUUUUGUACAAAGGUUCUGAGACCAAGCGUAUAGUGCCACUGGCAUAGCUGCAGCUUUUAAUUGGCAUUUUGUGGCAAUAUCCAUGAAUGUCUCUGAGAAGCAUUAGGUUGAAUGAAAGUAGUCACUGAUGACUUCACCAAAGGUGAUGCAACUGCUCUGUGGAGGCUUAUCUAGCCUUAACUAAAGGUAAGGCGGGGAGGGGCGAUGUGGACAAUCUGAAAGCUAAAUCGCUCAGGGUUAUGAACCAAUUGAAAAUUCAAAGUCAAUUUCAAACUUAAAGCCAGAGUAGCCAAACUGAAAGCAUAGUUGACUUUUCCAUUUCGACUUUAAUUCUCAAUUUAGUAAAUAACAGUCUAAGGAGGUUGGAAAUGUGUUUUGGUUUGAGUCUAUUUUUCACCGGUUUGCUAUCAAAAUCCUCUUGAUUAUUUUUUUGUGUUUAAAAGUAAAAUUUGUUCUAUUUUUCACUUUAUUGUGGAUUUUGAUGUUGUGUAAGUGGUUUUAUUAAACGAAAACGUGCACAUAUCUCGUUGCAGUGGAUUACCACAUGGGAUUCGACCUGAGGAAGUUGAGGUUUGUCUCUUUACUAGAGAUGAACCAAGCAUGUCUUCUGAUCAGACAGAAAAAUUUUACAAAAAGCUACUCAGUCAACAUGGGAUCAAACACAUAACAGAGGUAAAUAAAGAGGGUCAUAGUCAAAAGUAGGAUGUGUGGUUUAUAUAAAAUUUUUCUUUUCACCAUUUAAAGGGAUACUAUAAUCACCAGAACAACUACAGCUUAAUGUAGUGGUUCUGGUGUGUAUAGUAUGUCUCUGCAGGCCUUUUAAUGUUAACUCUGGCUUUACAGAGAAAAGGCAGUGUACACCUUACUACCUAGUAAUGCCUCUAAUGGCUGCCACUCAGACGGCCACAAGAGGUACUUCCUGGGUAAGUGCUGCGAUACGUUCAGCGUCUCCACGCUCUGCGUGGAAGCGCUGAUGUUCCUCCUGGAGAUGCAUUGAUUCAAUGUAUCUCUGAGGAGAUGCUGAUUGGCACAGUCCUGCAUUUUGUUGCACAUGUGCAUUGGCCAUGAGAAAGUAUUGGAUUGGCUGACAUCGUCCAUUUUGAUGUUCUCAUCCAAGGAGUUUCUUUUUUAACAGGGGGUCAGGAGACCUCAUUAUUGUUUGUAUUCCUGACACUAUAGUGCUCCUUUAAUAUCAACACAGAUUAUGACAUCCACUGCUGUAUUAUAAAAUGGAGAACUCACGUUUGUGAUGGGUCUAAUUUAAGAAUACAAAUUUGCUGUUAUGGGGAAUUUUUGCUUCUCAGGAAAUUACAAUAUUGAGUAAAUCAUUGGUGGUGUGAAGGUAACUGUUCCUGACUAUUUUUAUCAGCUGAUUGCAAUUCCUUUAAAAAAUACUGACCUUUUUUUCAGGUUAUUCCCCUUCAAAAGCUUAAAAAGGAAUACAAACCAUUUGAGGCAAAGCGGCGUCUUCUGGGCAAUUUUGACUUGUUCCUUUCAGAUGAUAGAAUUCGCCGUUUUCUGCCUUCUCUCCUGGGGAAGCAUUUCUACAAGGAAAAGCGGUACGUGAAUGUGUAGUGUUGACAUUCUCUUAUAUUAAAAUGUUACUCAAUCAUAAAUACUACAUCCCUCUGUAAUGGUUAUGGUAGGAGUUUACCCUGGCACAGUUCCCCUAUCUUACAACAGUUUGCCCACUUACCUGGGUCCCUGGUGGGCACUAGGAGAACACUGCAUGUACAGGCACCAUUACCACUUCAAAUCACGUAAGUGGGCAUGGUGCUUGGAGUGACUCUUUAAAGUGGGAAUAAUGGCACGAAUUGUAAAUUGUCUAUUAAGCAUGUUUCAAUAACUGCUUGAGUAAUGUUAAAACCUUCCGAUUAGCUGUGCAGACGUGGGUGACACAUGUUCCUGCCUGCCAGGCAGAACUUAGGGUACAAUUGGCGGCUACAUAGGUGCACGCCUGAAUCGAGCGAUACGAGACACCAGGUGCGGCCUACUGGAGUUGGAGCCGGGGAGAGGCGGCCGCUCUCUCCGACACUGGACCCUCCCCCCUCCCCCAAGCGACUUUGCUGGUCUCCUAUCCCCCCCCUACCACCCCCUCUUUGGACCGGUGGAGGUUAUCCUGGUCCUCAUUGGAUAAGCGGAUCAAGACUGCUGAUGGGCUCUCCGGCUACACCGCCUGCAGAGGUACCAGACUGCCAAGGCACAUUCAAGAUGGCCGCUCAGCAAGGGCCGAAGAUAAAGAGCAGACACCCAACCACACACUCAUCCCCUGGAAACUUUCGACCAGCUCGGCAUGAGCCUCUGGAGAACGCUCUGUUACUGUGGAGUGUCCUACCGCCGAGCGGCUAGAGUGAUAGCUUCAUGGAUAUACUACCAUACUACCGUGGCGCUAAACUCGCUCUCACCCACUGGCGCUGGACCACUAAGCAACCCCUAUAUACACGCAACUCACCUGAUCAAAGAAUCUCGGAACAGCGAGGCACAACUCUACACUCCAAGGUUAUAGCUGAUUACCACGUUGCUGUACAGGAGAAAGCCGGAGCUGGAUCCGAGCCCAGGGGCCCCAUUGGAGGGGCCUACAGCAACAGAACUCCAGACAUUCCUGUACGUGGUAUAGGCUGAAGUGCCCAUCAUUCUGCUCCACAGCUGACAUGCCUUACUUCGAACCGUACAAGUUUUCGGCUGACGCUGUGUAUUCCCAGUUUACUUGGAAGCCUUGUUCGUAAAUAUCCCAAGUGGUUACGGUUUUCUCUACUAUUUAGCCUGAAAUAACCGUAGACGUCAUUAUAGCUUAUCACUCCGUUACCUUGAACUACUAUAAAGUCCACGCUGAUUUUGCUUCAGUGCAUGAUAUUAAUUACCCAGCAUAGGCUAACGGCAAAUAGGCAGAUUAUAUGGCUACCUCUGCAACUAACUUUAGGCACCACAGCAGUUCCUUUUAUUUUAAUUUGAUUGGUCCUUUUAUUUUGAUAUGAUCUUACCUUUGAGAACACGUGUUCCCAUUGAUCUUAUACCUUGCUAGAUAAAGAGGUAGCAUAAUCACUCUUAUGUCUAGAUAUUACUGCGAUGAUAUUCGACACUAAAAGCAAGGUUUUGAUAUAUUUGCUUAGCAUGUACAUCUAGCCUGUAAACUGCAUAGGUCACAGUAUUAGCCGGUUACAAUACUACUUUACGCUGAGACAUACAGGCUUUUCAUGUAACCAUGUCUUCCCUCAUUAAUAUAAAAUGUACACUGUUCAUCAUGCCGCACAACUGUUAUAAAACGUUCAAUGAUACGUAUGCACCUGCUGUUGUGGCAGUGCAUUCCUGCUAGUCUAAUCUAUGUACUAAUAAAAUAAAGAAUAAAAAAACAAAAAACCUAACGAUUAGGCAAAUGCCAGAAUAUUUACUUUUUGUUUGGGGACUGCUCCCUCGCACACAGGAAUAGCAGCCCCACAGGACCCCAGGGAAAGUCCACUCAGCUUUCCCAAAGGUAGGGAGGCUGGGUGAAUUAGAAAUAAAAAUAUAAAUUUGUGAGUGUUCAAAAAAGUGUGUGUGUCUGUUUGUUUAGGUACCUUGGGGUUUAGGUACACAUGAUUGGUGUUUUUACUUUUUUUCCCCCAUGCUGUGCUGCUUUCACUGUUGCUUGUCCUGCCUCCAUAGCGGAGAUUUUAAUGAUCUCCGCUAAGCCAAUGCUUUCCCAUAGGAAAGCAUUGGGAGGAUAUUACGCAUGUUCUCUAUAGGUAACAGUUAGCGCCUCCAUGCAGAGCACUGACACAUAACUCUCUAGUGGCCGUCUGAGUGUCACUAGAGGUCUUAGUAGGAAGGAAUGUAAACACUGCCUUUACCGCGUUUACAGUGAAAAGGCUACAGGGACAUGCUUAUAGGCACCAGAAAGAUUACAUUAAUCUAUAGUGUCCGUUUAAAAAAAAAAAAAAAAAGUCGCCUAACUUUUUUAGCAGCCCCCUAGAUUCCAAACCAAUUUAUCAAGCCCUGCUGUAAAUGGUGUACCAUGACAUGAUUUUACAUAGUGGUAUCCUGAUAUGUUUUGUUAUGCUACAUAUCUAAGCCAUUGGUUUCAGUCGUUGCAUUACGAAUGAAUCAUUGUUUUGAUUUAUGAUGGAAGUUUUACAAAAAUUGAACUGUCCUAAUAAUGCAAACCAGCAUAUUGUACUUCCUUUAAAUUUAAAAAAUGUAUAUUCACAGGAAGCCUAUAUCCGUGGACCUGAAGGCAAAACUCCUAGGGGCAAAACUAAACCGUGUUAUACAAGGAACACAACUUCAAAUAACUAACAAAGGUUGCUGCUAGUAAGUGUUAUUUAAGUUAUAAACGUUUUUAUAUUUGCAAUCUUGGGCUCAGUGAGUAAAUCAAUCUCCCCUUCUUUUCAGUUCGAUUCGUGUUGGCCACAUUGGGAUGAACAUUAAUGAAAUAGUGGAAAACGCUGUUGCUGUUGCAGGUGUUCUAGCAGAAAAACUACCAUUGGUACGGUUUAGUAUGAUUUUUUUUUAUAUGUAACAAGUGUCCUGGUUUGUCAUUGGAAUACUGUAAUGUAGCAAUAUCAUAUACAGUAACUUGUAAGACACUCAAUGUUUGGAAAUCAUAAAAUGUUUUCUUGGGGUGACAUUUAGUUUUUUUUUCACUAACCACCAAUCUGGAGUGAAUUAUUUAGCUUACAUAGCGCUGUAUAUUUUGAGUUGGAGGAUUAUUUUACUUUUGCCAUUCAAGUUUAAUCGUUUUGAGGGGUACUUAACCAAUUGAUUUACAUAACUGACUUGGAGUAUUUUCUGGUUUAAAUUUACAGGAUUUAGUAAAUAACAGAAAUUUUUAUUCACCGUAAAUUUUUUUUCUUAAUGUGGUGGCACUACGUAUGGGUUGUUCUUCCUAAUUGGGACAAGCAUCUGUAAGAUAGGUGAUUAAGUCAAGUCCCUCCCCUCUACCCUAUAAAGGGCUUCCCCCGACAAACCACCUUAGUCGUAGCAAGCCACACACUGUAAUUUAAGGGAGGGAGAUUUGUACUGCCACAAUAUUAAGAACUUUUUUUUUUUUUUUUUAUAAUUUUUUUUUUUUUACAGGUGAAUAAAAAUGUAGUUUUUUUUCUGACAUAUGGUGGCAGUAUGUAUGGGAUAUAGCAAGAUACCCUAUUGGGUGGGCCUUAUGCCUAAAUGGCUUUAAGUACCUACGCUGUAACACAAUGUUAGAGGCAGAGAGUACAUCUAGCCUGAAAAUGCAUGAAGGUGGUAAAAGCUGACCAAGAAGCAGCCAUGCUGAUUACUUUGUGUGAAGCAAGAGCUUUCUCUGCCCACGAAGUGGCCAUUGCCUUUGUGGAAUGCUCUGAGAAAGAUGCUGGCGAAUCAAAACUAUUGAAGCAUAGACCAUUAUGAUUGAUGAAAACAACGAGAAAUAGAAUUACGAAAGGCUUUAUUUCCCUUAAACUUCCCUAGAAGUUCACAACAGGUGAUCUGAUCUUCUGAAUUCAGCUGAUAUUGCUAGGUACAUCUGAAAUGCCCUUUUUAAACUCUAGAAUAUGCCAUCUAGUUCCAGCGGGGAAGUGGCAUCAUUAUAGAAGGAUGAGCUGAUUAACGGCUCUAUAAGAUAACUCUGGAAGACUUGAAGUUUUAGGAUGAAACACAACUUUCACCCUGAUGGAAUAUAAGAAAUUCCACUGAAUAUAUUUCCUGAAGCUCGCUUACUCUCUUGGCAGAGGUAAUGGCCACUAAGAAUGCUUGUUAAGCUUUAGCAUAUUAAAAGGAACCACCUCCAAAGUAAAAGGGGACCUGACAGACUGAAGAAAUAUCUCAGGAGGGAAAUGCAGGAUCACGCCUCCAAGCUUCUUGGUGUCCGAAACGCCUACCCAUGUCUGGCCUAGUUUUACUUGUUUUGAGGCAGAGCUUUUUCGAAAUAGGGAGAAGAGGUAUCUUUUAUAACCUAAUAGGAGUAAACAGGGGACCGAAGAGGACGCUGAUCUACCGUCCAAGCUUUAGCCACCAGCCCAAACAGACCUUUUUGAUCUACCCUAAAACCCACAGAACAACACCACAUCCACGCACACAGGUGAACCCACCUCAACGCGACGACACCAAGACACACAGACAGUGACUCAGACACACAAACCGUAACCACAAAGACGCAACAAUAGAGGCAGACACACAGAGCUCCAGAAUAAAGCAACACUACAUAGACAUAACCAUGGAAACACGCAAUAGAGGUGACACAGACUUACCGCAGAAGGUUUCACCAUCACCAGCAGAGGGGAAGGACACGAAACAUACAAAACAAAUACAACCCCAAUAUGCACGAGCAGGUAGCCACAAGACACACUAGAACUCAGGGAUACAGACAAAAGACCAGAACGCGUAAACACCAACUCAUUUUCGCAAGAUGGGCCUUCACUGCAGUUUACGGCAACAGGGAUAAAUACGCAAACACAGGCAUCUCAGAAGAAAACAGUGUAUUAUUAACGAACCACACUAACACCAUUUAAUGAGCCGAUAGCUGAACACAUGAUACUAACUGCCACCCCAAAUAGCCACUACAUACCAGACAACAACGCCCUAACAACGCAAUACCAAGCAAGCUCACCACCUUUUGCAUGUCUAGCCCUGCAAGGCUUAUAAAUGUCUAAUAUUUGUCAUUGCAUGUUUAUAUUGACUUAUACGCCUCUGCGCAGGCAACUAUGUGUUACUCUGAGUUAACUGGAAUAUGUCGGCCUCACAUUAUAUACACUUUCAAUGUGCACGCCUCUGCGUAGGCAACUAUAUGCAUGAAUGAUACCAAGUUCAACACCCGUGUUUAUAUUGCUGACAAUAAACAUAUUUAAAACAAGCUUUAGCCACCAGGAUAAGAGGGAAACAGAAGAUCAACCCAUGAUCUUGGCUGACAUUGUCAAAUUUUAUCAAUCAAAUCCAUAUAAAGUAUGUGACAAUCACAAAUAAAACCAGAAACGGACGAGCUGCUUAUCAGGAGACUUAAAUAACCUCCAUUAAUUGUAAACAAAGUUUAUACGUUUUGGACACCACUGCACCUGCCAGCAAAGACCUAUACCGAAAACCAGCAGUCAGGAAAGAUCUGCAAGAGGUCUCUGCCUUCUUGACGACAGGGUUAUUGAAGCAGCUACUGCUGCAGAAUUUUAUGGAUUUCCAGUGUACCUGGGGGUAUAACUUUACCCAUUUGAUGGUAACAUAUUAAACGCCAUGCAAGAAGGGUUCGUUAGUGUUCCCAUUUCUGCAUAUAAGAAAGAUGUGGAGUUUGAGGAACAGAUUAGUUUAGCAGAUUUAUCCUGCCCCAUGACCGAUUUUCAUGCCUAAUGAACUCUCAGUGCAUCAGGUGGGAACCAACUCCACACAGUAUGAUGAACCAGACAUGUCUUUAAGAAGAGGUAGAUAAACAUUCGUCAGACAUUAGAAGUAAUGUUGUGUCCAUGAUGUACGUUAAGGACCAGAGCUGUUUUAACACUUUUGUGUUUAGCUGAAAUUUUCUACUUUCUAAUUUACUGUUCCCAUGCAAAAUAUGUAUUGGGGGUUUUUUUUUUGGUUUUUUUUAUCUAAAGGACUUUAGGGGUUUUCUUUCAUGUUAUAUAAUUUACUUUAAAAAAAAUAUAAAUAAAUAAAUAUGGUGAAAAAUUUGGAAAGAAAACAAAACAUGGUUUUUGGCUUCUACUUGAAAAAUCCUUUACUUAACUACAAAAGCUAAUGAAAAACAAUGCUAAAUAGAUUCAAAAUGUUGUCGUGAGUUUUAAAACACCCAGUUUUUACAUGCGUUUUUUUUCCACAUGACACAAAUCCAAAAUAGCAAUGGGUGCUCUCCGGUCUUUAGAAAUAAAAGUUUAUUGAAUCAGGUUUAAAAUGACGACCAACGUUUCAGUCCCCGUUCGGGACUUUCUUCAGGGUCAUAUAAUUAUAUUUAUAUAUUUGAAGUCUACGUGUAUAUUUAUGAAAUUAUUUAUAAUUUUGUGUGUGUGUGUGUGUAUAUGUGUGUGUGUGUGUGUGUGUGUAUAUAUAUAUAUAUAUAUAUAUAUAUAUAUAUAUAUAUAUAUAUAUAUAUAUAUAUAUAUAAUCUCAAAAUACAGUUAGAAUAAAAUGACUAACUUUUACAUUGUUUUAUUGUUUACUUAUUUAUAUCUUAUAAUAUAUGCGUGCGUAAUUUAAUAAGUGUAUUUUUAUAGUGUGUGUGUGUGUGUGUGUGUGUGUAUAUAUAUUAAUAUAAAAAUACACUUAGUAUGUAUGUGUUUUUUAAUUAGUCCCCCUGCAUGCAAAUACACAGGCACCUAUUGCGGCCAUGUGACCGCUCUGUUAGAGUGAUCACAUGGCUGCAUGGACCUAAUUCGCCGAGGGGGGGCUGUCAGGCAGUUCCCCCAGACCGGGAGCGACUGCGAUCGGGUGAGUAACAAUUACCGCUAUGACGGUUCAGGACCAUCGGUCCUCAAGGGGAUAUUUCUGAUGACUGUCUUGAAGGGGUUAAUUUUACCAAAGAAAUUGCGGCACCUUGGUCAUAUUUAUAAUACCCAGAACCAUAUUAAGGUGAGUAGCACAGAUACAAUAAGCAAAAGCCUUGUUCAAAGCAAAGCUAAGCUAAUCUUACCUUGAAAACCUCUGAGCGGUGUGGAGGGUUGGUGACAAGGGGAACCCUUCUGACAAGGUUCCUCCUGCCAGAGGGAACAGCACUCGGCAGUUUCCCGGAAAUAGCGCACCCGGAACCUACCACCUGAGCAGCUAUUUGUCUUCCUCCCCCAGACAGCAACUGAGGUGGGGUUCCCGGGGGGGAAGCCCUUGAUAGGGUAAAGGGGAGGGACUUUUCUUAAUUACCAAUCGUGCAGAUGCUUGUCCCAAUUAGGAAGAACAACCCAUACGUACUGCCACCAUAUUAAGAAAAAGCCAAUUUUGACUCUCCCUCUAUUACAGUACUUAUGACCCACUACUAAAGAUUUGUGCACCAAGAAUGAGUCUCUGGUUUUCCUCCUCCUCCUCUUUUUAUUUUUUUUUUAUUUAUUUUUUUUGUUCUUUUCAUCUUCAGAACUCAUUGAUGUAUGUUAUAGACCAGCUUAACUCCACUUUUAACAGCAUUGUUAGGUAUUUAUUUAUGAGACCAGAAACUGUUGUUACAUGUUCUGCAUUCCAAAGUCAUUUAGCACGUUGUUGUUCAAAUACCUGGUAUUCAGUUUGAUUAUUACAUCUGUUUUGAUUUAAUAUUAUUUUUGGUUUUAGAAAUGGAAGAAUGUUAAAAUAUUACAUUUAAAAACGCAGUCCUCUGUGGCACUUCCAGUGUACACCUCUGCCUUCAGCAAUCUGAAAGAACUUGAGCACUCUUCGGACAGUCGUAAUGUAAGGAUAUAAAUUUUCCCAUCUAUUAUGUAUUUUACAUAGAUUUUAUGCACCAGAUUAGGUUGAUUUUAUACAUAUUAUACUCUAAAGGCCAAAAUAACACCGCAAAAAAAAUGAAGUGCAAACCAAACAAGUUAAGCUUGGUCCUUAAGAGGAUAACAUUCUGUUAAGUUCACAACAAUUCCUUGUUUAGUGAAUAAACCCCACAGUACUCUUAUGGAUACUGGGAUCUGUUAUGGAAAAUGCUUACAGAGACACUAGUCUCCAAAUUAACUUUAGCUUAAUGAAGCAGUUUUGGUGUAUAUAUUAUGCCCCUUCAGUCUCACUGCUCUAUUCUCUGCGUUUUAGGAGGUAAAUCACUUUGUUUAUGAACCCUAGUCACACCUCCCUGCAUGUAACUUACACAGCCUUUCUAAACACUUCCUGUAAAGAGUCAUCUAAUGUUUAUACUUCAUUUAUUGCAAAUGCUGUUUUUAUUUAGAAUUUCUCAUGCCCUGUUAAUAGCUUGCUAGACCCUACAGGAGCCUCCUGCAUGUUAUUAUAGUUAAACUUACAGAGCAGGAGAUAAAAUCUUUUAAAGUAAGUUACAACUGAAACCAUUUUGUUUUCUCCACUUAUCUCCUAAAUGGCAGAGAAUUAAGCAGUGCAACUUCAGAGGCAUGAUGUAUACACACAAACUGCUUAAUUAAGCUGAAGUUGUUUUGGUGACUAUAGUGUCCCUUUAAGUUUAACUGACUCUCUCUUAUUAAAUGUAUUUUAAUAUUAAGUAUAUGGGUAAAAACUAUUUGUAUUUACUCAGGUAAAUCAAGAAAAUUCAAAUAAACUAAAAACGAAAAAAAAGCCACUGGACAAGGAGAUUGAUAAUGUGUCGUCUGACCAUGGGAUAACAUCUGAUUCAGGAAAUGCUUCUGCAGACCAACCAAUACCAAGCGAUGAAGAGAUUCCGAUGCUGGUUCCUAUCCAGUCGCCCACUGGAAAGAAGAAUAAAAAGAAGGUAAUUGUCACAAUCUUUGUGUAGCAUUAAAUAAACACUCCAAGUGCCAUAACCACUAUAGUGUGCUGGGUGCAUGGCUUGUUCCAUUAAUGACUUCCUAAUUAUUCCUGGUUCUAAAUCCUGGGUCUGCCACAAUAUAGAAGAAAUAUAUAUAAAUAUGCAAGAAAUAAGACCAAUCCAUGCCAAGGAGCUGCCUGAAGGGUAAAUCUAACAUUUUGUUCAAUAUAUUUUCGUGUUUAUUGCUAAAAAUGCCAAGUACUCAGCUUCAAAGUGUUGUAUAUUUCAUAGAACCUAUAGAAUAAGGGAAUAUUAUAGGGUAUGACAAAAGUGAUUUGAGAUGUGGAUCAAAGUAAAACCAAGAACUUGCUGUGAGAAGAAAUAAUGCUAAAUCCAGGAGUCAUGGUAUUCCACAAAUGUAUAUAUUGACUGUGACAUCAAGGGAGGUGACUUCCAAAUCACAGCACUUAGUGUCAGUAUAAUUUGUUUCAUUUAAAUGUGAAUUUCAAAUCUGAAAGUAAAAAUAGCUGAACUGGAACAAUUCAGUUGUUUUUGCUUGAAGCUCGCUUAUUUUGUCCUUGACUUUUUUAAAUUUACUAUGAAUUUCCAGUAAUUCUCAAUUUAGUUAAUAACCCUGUGUGUUUUGAGGGAUGUGAAAAGUUAAUCUAUCUUCCAAAUGUCCUUCAUGAUAUUACAACUAUUGGAUUGUUUUCCUUCUCACUAACCAGUCACGUAAACUUAAACGCAAAAAAAAAGGUCCAAGUUAUAACCACUUGCUUCUCCCCUCUGUUGUGCAUGGAUUUGUGUCUCUAUACACAUGUCCCCAGUGUCUUAUUAUUUAUUUAUUUAUUUUUUUUCCUUCAUUGAGGUUUCUGGUUGGAGAUAUGCAUAGGUUCAUUUGGUGCCGUGUGUCAUUCUUGCACCUGUGCCUUGUUGUGAAGUGGUGAUUUAUACAGUGGCCCGGGUGGCCUUCUGUCUGACCAGAAUCCUAGCCAGUUUGGGGAUAUAGCAUUUCAGCAGAUCUGUCAUUUCUCCAGCUUGUUGAAACAAACUCAUCAUGUGUUUUGGACAGGCAAAAGGAUUGGCACAAAUUCUAAUUUAAAAUGCCUAACUGAGCGGAAAAGCAGAGUCUGGCAUUUUAAGUGGUCUAUCUAAUUUAGGCUAUAAAGCUUGUUAAACAAGGCCCUAUUUUGGUGGUUUCAGAUAUAAGAACAUAGGUUUUGUAACAUACCUGUUUGAAUGGAAGCCUGUGACUAGGUGCGCAGAGUGAGACAGCCACAUUUGUGAGUGCAUUUAAACUCUGUGUGUUAAAUAGUUGCUAAUACAAUUUAAUAGAAAUUUGCAAUGCUAUGAUGCAGCAACAGAACGAAUCUGGCAACAAAACAGAUAUGGUUAGAGUAGCUCAGUCUAAGAAUAUAUAUAUAUAUAUAUAUAUAUAUAUAUAUAUAUAUAUAUAUAUUUUUAUUUUUCAUUUUAAAUACUAAAAAAUGGCAGAUUAUGUUGUUCGUGAUUAGGGGGAGAGUUACCUUAUACUCUGAUGGAAAAUCACACCAUUUUCACGUUCCGCUGGUGAUUUAUUUUUUUCUAUUUUCCAGAAAACAAAAGUCUGCAAAACUCCUAAUAAGUCUGAAGUGGAAGAAAGCCAGGAAGCUGCCGAGAGCAAUGAUAUAACACAAGCUAGCAAAACUCCUACCAAGAAGCUUAAAGCAAAGGAGAAUAACCAGGAGCCUGUAGCAAGUAACCAAACCCCAUCACAAGCCAGGAAAACGCCAGCCAAAACGCCUAAAGCAAAAGAGAAUAACCAGGAACCUGUAGCAAGUAACCAAACCCCGUCACAAGCCAGGAAAACGCCAGCCAAAACGCCUAAAGCAAAAGAGAAUAACCAGGAACCUGUAGCAAGUAACCAAACCCCAUCACAAUCCAGGAAAACGCCAGCCAAAACGCCUAAAGCAAAAGAGAAUAACCAGGACCAUGUGGAGAGCGAAGAAUUGAUAACACAAGCCAGCAAAACACCAAAAGCGAAAGCAAAGAAACAAGAACCUGUAGCAAGCAUUCAAACACCAAUACAAGGCAGGAAAACUCCUGCCAGAACGCCUAAAGUGAAGAAACCAGAACCCGUAGAGAAGAGUCAAAUCAUGUCAACACCACAAAGUGUAGUAAAGAAACGCAAAGCUAGUGAUGUGAAAAUUGAGGACCUUGCAGAAAAAACAAACACUGAGAAAAAGUCUACUCCCUUAAAGUUGGCUAAAACAGAGGAACAGGAGCAGAACUCUCUGACCAAAGACACCAUCCUUAAAAAGACACCCAAAAAGAUUGCUGGGAAGUCUACUGUGAAACUAAGCAAAUCUGUUAAAAAGGCUCCUCAAACCCCCAAACUAAAGCAGAAGAAGAUUCUAAAAGCCCCAAAGUCUGUUUAGUGCCCUUUAGAGAGAAACUAAGAUCUGGUCCGUCUCUACUUCGUGUUUCUCGUUAAUCUUGCUACACUAUCUGUAAACAAAUGUAUCAAAACAUUUUUUAAUGAACAUUUUAUUUUGUAUUCUGGUAACCGUUCUCCAUGGAGUGUGUAACAUUAUGUAUUUUGCAGCGAUAAAAGCCUACUGAAAGUCAAGUUUUGGAGGGUUGUUACGUACUUUUUUUCUUUUUUCUUUCUAUUAAAUUGUACCUGUCACAGGUAGAGAUUUUGUAUCUUCUGCAGUGAUCUAUCCUAAUGUCAUAUUUGCUUGUUAAAGAAGUUUCCAUUGUGCUAGUAUUUCUGUCUGCACUACUGCCAAGUCUUGUCAGAUGAGUCUUGGAGGAACCUGUAUGCACAAAAUUACAAAACGUUUAGUGUGGGUGUCUAUAAGAGUUGGCACCAAUGCUAUCUUUCACUCCAUUCAGAGAUUUUCUCCAUGAUUUCAACUACUACAGGGGUUGGUGGGGGGGGAGGAUGAGGAGACAUGACCGCAUACAUCUUGUUGUUCUAGUUUUGCGUGGUGUAUUUAAAUACUAUUUAUAUGUUAACCAGCAGUUAGGGAAAUAGACAAUCUAAACACAAAUAGGAAUCCAUAAAGUAAAAGAAAUAAAAUCUCUUUUUUGUACAUUAUUAAAUGAGUCUACUGCCCUAAUUCUCAACCAGUAUUAUGAGCUGUACAGGCAGGGUGGAUACACU